GACCGGAGCCCCCGGAUGCCGGGCGAGGGCCGGGCUGUGCGGGGGGCCGCGGGCCGGGGCUCGCUGCGCCCCUCGGGCCCCCCGGGGCCGGGCGGGAGGCGGCGGUGAGCCCGGACAUGGGUGUUUGUCUCCGGCUGCCCCGUGGCCUGUUGGUACCUGCGGCCGAGCGGCCGGUGGAAAGUACCUUUUUCUCAUGAACGGUUCUAGUUCCUCGCCCUGGGCUCUCGCCAUGGACACUAUGAAAACCACUUACAUCGUGCUGGAACUGAUCAUCGCUGUGCUCUCCAUCGCUGGCAAUGUCCUGGUCUGCUGGGCCGUGGCCAUCAACAGCACCUUGAAGAAUGCCACCAACUAUUUCCUGGUGUCUCUGGCCGUGGCUGAUAUUGCCGUGGGUUUAUUAGCCAUCCCUUUCGCCAUCACCAUCAGCAUUGGAUUCCAGGCGGAUUUUCACAGCUGCCUCUUCUUCGCCUGCUUCGUGCUGGUGCUGACCCAAAGCUCCAUUUUCAGCUUGCUGGCUGUGGCCAUCGACAGGUACCUGGCUAUUAAGAUCCCGCUGAGGUAUAAUAGUCUGGUGACUGGCAAGCGGGCAAGAGGCCUCAUCGCUGUGCUGUGGCUCCUGUCCUUUGGAAUUGGACUGACUCCACUUAUGGGCUGGAAUAAAGCCAUGAGCGGUUGUCCCAACACCACCAACGAGACAGGGGUUGACACCAGGACAGAGCACCAUGGUUGCUUCAUCUCAUGCCUCUUUGAGAAUGUGGUAACGAUGAGCUACAUGGUGUACUUCAACUUCUUCGGCUGCGUGCUGCUUCCCCUGGUUAUCAUGCUGGGAAUCUACAUUAAGAUAUUCAUGGUUGCCUGCAAACAGUUACAUCAGAUUGAACUGAUGGGCAACUCCAGGACCACGCUGCAGAAGGAGGUCCAUGCAGCCAAGUCUCUGGCCAUCAUUGUGGGACUUUUUGCCUUCUGUUGGCUGCCCCUGCAUAUUUUGAACUGCAUCACACUCUUCCAUGAGGAGUUCUCCAAAUCCAAGCCCGAAUGGGUGAUGUACGUGGCCAUCAUCCUCUCCCAUGCCAACUCUGUCAUCAACCCCAUCAUCUACGCCUACCGGAUCAGGGACUUCCGCUACACCUUCCGCAAGAUCAUUUCCAAGAUCCUCUGUAAGACUGAUGACUUCCCCAAGUGCACCACUGACAACAACCAGCACCUGACUGUCACCAACAUUAACUGUCCUGUAGCCUCCGUCACCAUAUGACCCUGCAUAUGUCCUGCUCCCGGGAUCCUGCAGUGUCCCUGACACUACCCUCCCCUGUGCCCCUGUGACCAGUUGCAGCUUGCUCCCGGAGGAGCGCUCAGAGAUGACCACUAUGCAGUUAUGCAGCUGUAUGUUUUGUUAUUAUUAUUAUUAUUAUUUUUGUAAUUAACAUAGUGCCUCCUGGAGGGAUAACCUGAGCGGGGAGACUGACUGUAAACCCAGGUUGUGUGAGUGCUGGUGACCGCGUUGUGUUUCCAUUCCAGGUCAGACACUGACUGUGGAAGACCCACUUGCUGGGGGUGUUUCCCCAGUUGUGCUGCUCGUGUCAAGUCCUAUUUUAAUUGUUAUUAUUAUUUUUUUUAAUCUUUUGAUUCCUUUAGGAGUAAUAAUUUUGUGUCUUUUUUGAGUUGUUUUUUAAGUCCGUACAUGACAGCACUUUGGUAAUACCCGAAUUAUUCCAUCAAUUGUUUGAUGCAGCUAGUAUUCUCCAAUGGGAAAAAGUCUUACUUAGCCCAGUUGCUGGUGUGAAACUGAAUCUGUGUUCCAGGCUCUGAGGGACGUGACAAUGUUGAUGGGAAAACAAGCUCAGAACUGGCCAGCUCCUUCUGGCCGCAGCAUGGAAGCUCUGCUUACUGAAAGAUAAGAAUUUUAGGGAAAAGUAGGCUGAAAUUUUAGCUCAGUGGUUUUAUUGCCUUUAAAUCCCUUUGGCUUACGGGACUGUGCAGCCCAGUGCUUCAGGUUUGCUUUCAAAUCUGUUUCCAGCUAGGAAAAUGCAAAGACAGAUGUGCCCUAGGGCUCAGCUAGUCUGCUGCAGUCACUGAGGUUACUGCAAACCCUGCUUCGGUGACACAGUCUCUACAAUGAGGUUUUUGCUCCCACGUCAAACCUUGACAGCCUGGCACUGCUUCCAGAAGUGCUGGGUUUAGCUGUGAUAGCUGGAUGCUGCAGCUUGCCUGAUUCCUGAAGCUUGGUCUUGUUGAGGCUCCUCUGAAGCCCAGUAACACCCAGAAGCUGCGAGUGCUUUGCUUUCUAAUGGUGAUUCUUACCUUUGUAUUCUAUUUUUUAAUCCUAACCUACAUUGGUAGCAAAAGAGACUAUAGGGGAGCUAAUUCAUUUGAGAAGCUAGAACGCCUUGCCUUGUUACUUGAUUUUCACCAAGCUCUUGGCGCUGAAGCUCACCUUGCAGCCUCUGCAGCCAGCCAGGAGUCCUAGCCUGACCUAAGUACAAAGCCCACUAAACAGUGUAAAUUGGUACUGCAGGUUCCUAACUCUCUGCAAUCAUAGCUCAGUGAUUACUGCGCCUGAUUUAAUAUGUAACUGUGACAUGUAAAACUAGACAAAGGUAGAACAGCACAUUCAUUUCUGAAUGCUCUGCUUCUCCAGACCCAUGAUGGCACGUGCACUGCUGUAAAUGUGUCUGGCAUGGCCUUUGUUUUACAAACAGGACUCUUGCCUGAAGGUCCCUGUGUGGUAGAGUGAUCCUGACUCUCUCCAGCAGCUUCACCGUGCAACCAGUGAGAAGUGCAAGGGUGUGUAUGAAAUGGGGUUUUUCAGGGGUAACUCAUGGAGACAGAGAGAGGAAGCAAGACUUUCACAGCAGGGAAGGAGGUUUAAACACAGCCAGCUCCUGAAGAACAAGUCCAGUGGGCAGACUGUGAUGCCUGGAGCAGUUUGUCCCUGAUAAAUCGUACUUGAAUCAUAUAGAAAUCGGCUUUCUAUUUUUUUUUAACUGCAUUGCACUAAAAGGGGAGUAAUAGAAGACCCCAAAAGUUUCAUUUCUCUGGUGUAUAUAAUGACAAAUGCGGUGUAAAAUCAGCUGAAAAGCUGAUGUGAAGAACUCCUGUUCCUGCAGCAUGUGCUGUGCCAGCUGGAGUGACCAGGCAGUGCUGCAGGUGUGGCUUGGGCCCACCAUGCAGCCAGGGAACAGCUCACUGGUAGUGAUGGAUUUUGCUGCUGUGUCACAGCUCAGCUGUAAGAGCCAGCCUCAAACCUGGGUGAAUCACCAGCAGGCUCUGAAUGGGUUUGUACAUGUUUAUGCAAUGUCCAAAUUCAGCUACUGCUCAGUAUCUCGGAUACUGGCAUUUCCAAGAAGAAGCUGAAUAGUUAAAGUUACUGUCCAAUGUGUUUCUCUUUUAACAGCCCCAUUCAUCUUUGCUGCAUCUGUCUUGGUCAUAGUCCAGCUAACACAUGUAGCCACCUCUUGCCAUUUGGGCAGGGUUUGACUCUCUCCUCCUUUCAAUCCUUCCCUUCUGUAUGAUCUUUGGCUGGGUUCCUUCUCUUAAUCAUGGCUGAAAACAAGCAGGGUUUCACCUGCAGGUCUGGCAGUGCUGCAAAGCAGUUGCAAGCCACAUUUAUCCUUACAACAAAGAAUGUGAUCUCUCCCUUCCUGCUGGCUGAAAAUGAAGCAAGCUCUGGACAGCAUGGACAGACUGAAACACACAGCGCUGCAACAUGGAGAGAGAUGUCCCAGAACACUUCUUGUAUGUGACAGCUUGCACUGCAGCUCGGCAACCAUCACUGCUACCUUUCCUACACCUCCUAUGAGCCAGAAUUCCUGCAGACACUUGUGAUGCAGCCGUAGUAUGAACUUGCCCUUGGGUUGUUAGCUGUUAGCAACUAUGGCCUGGGUCACCAAGGGCUUUAGGCACAUUAAGUGACUUUGUGGAUCUGAGCCAAAGACAUUUUAAGGCAAAAUAAAAACAGAACACCUCCCUUUCCCCCCUCCAAAAAAAAGCUCUGAAGGUAUCUAAAAAAUGUGAAGUUAAAAUGGCAGAGGAAUUUCUGUAGCGAGCGCAGCUGUAGCUAUUGAGCUUUCAUUCCUUACUGCUCUUAUGUACAUAGGAUGAUGUGUUUUCCUCGUGUUGCUCAGAUUUUGUAUUUGCAGUAACUGUUAUUUACAUACAGAAUUCUUAAUUUACCACAUACACAACCUGG